AAUGUGCAGCCUUGGAGAGUGGGCCGUGCGUGGUGUGCGUGGCGCGCUGGCCUGGAAGCACUGGACCUGGGAGGUGUGCUUGGCGGGUGGCGGUGAGAGGUUUUGGCGGACAUGGCUCCCACCGCGUUAGCGACCGACCCCAAACCGAAGUAUCCUAAAGGCAUCCGGGCGGUACUGUUGGGGCCUCCUGGAGCUGGCAAAGGUACCCAGGCACCAAAAUUGGCUGAGAACUUCUGUGUCUGUCAUUUGGCCACUGGUGAUAUGCUGAGGGCCAUGGUGGCUUCUGGUUCAGAACUUGGGAAAAAACUGAAGGCAACUAUGGAUGCUGGAAAGCUGGUGAGUGAUGAGAUGGUAGUGGAGCUUAUUGAGAAGAAUUUGGAGACCCCUUCAUGCAAAAAUGGCUUCCUUCUAGAUGGCUUCCCUCGGACUGUGAGGCAGGCUGAAAUGCUUGAUGACCUCAUGGAGAAAAGGAAAGAGAAGCUUGAUUCUGUGAUUGAGUUCUGCAUCCCAGACUCCCUGCUCAUUCGGAGAAUCACCGGAAGGCUGAUUCAUCCCAUGAGUGGCCGGUCCUACCAUGAGGAGUUCAACCCCCCAAAAGAACCCAUGAAAGAUGACAUCACUGGGGAACCCCUGAUCCGGCGAUCAGAUGAUAAUGAGAAGGCCUUGAAGAUCCGCUUGGAGGCUUACCACACUCAGACCACCCCGCUGGUAGAGUACUACAGUAAACGGGGAAUCCACUCUGCUAUCGAUGCAUCCCAGACCCCGGAUGUCGUGUUUGCAAGCAUCCUAGCAGCCUUCUCCAAAGCCACAUCUUAGUAGCAGAAGGCCAGGCAAGACUGCACCACUGUUCGUCACCCCACGGCGUGAUCCCUGUUUUUAGGUGCUGGGCAGAAGGGAAGGGUGGUCAGGGGAAGGAGGGAAAGGGAGGGGUGGUGAGGGACUUGACCAUAACUUGGAAGAGCAGUGCUGCUGUAGUGAAUGGGGUUUUCUUACACAUGGAUGGGAGUUUUAGAAGUAUAAAGAAAGAUUAAUU